GGUGGGAACGCAGCUCGGCCGCCGACCCGGGCCGGACCCGCCCUUAUUCCUGUGGAAAAAGCUUGAGGAGAUAUUUUCUUUCUGAAACAUUAAGAAAUUUGAGGACGGUGGGGCAAAACGACUAAGUUCCAUUUUCCUGUGACUCUUUAGCCGGAAAACUGUCAAAAUCUGUGGAUAAAUUCGUGAUAUAAGAAAAAGGAUGGCAUCUAGAAUAAAUACCGGUUUCACUUUGAUUCCUAACCAGAAAUAUAGACGUAGUAAUCGUCGAUCCAGCUAUUUUUCCACAAUUGACUCAGAUUCUCAGCCCUUAUCAACACUUGGAAAUUUUAAAGCCUUGCCGUUGGAAAUAUUCCAAAUAACUUUAAGAUAUUUGUCAGUGAAGGAUAUCAGCAUGCUAAGUAUGGUGUCCAAAACAGUCAGCCAGUACAUCAUUAAUUAUAUCUCAACCUCGUCAGGAAGCAAAAGAUUUUUACUUCAGGACUUUCAUAACCUUGAGCUGCCUGGCAGGAGACAAGACUCUGCUAUACUGGAGCACUACAGAUCUCUAGGUCUACUAUUUAAAAGAUGCACGUUGCUGCUACCCACCAAAGAAAGGCUAAAGUACAUUCACAAGAUACUCACAGAAAUUUCCUGUUUUAAAUUCAAUGGCUGUGCAGCUCCUAUGCAAUGUUUAGGAUUACCAUGUUAUGGCAUAUUUUUACAGACCUUAACAGCAGGUUGGGAUGAUCUCGAGUGCCAUCGUGUUUAUAACUUUUUAUGUGAACUGACUCAUCUCUCCCGCAAGAUGCAGACUGCUGUCUGCAGCAAACCAGGAAGUGCUCGAAAACUGGAGUUAAGGAUCAGAUUGUUCUGUAGGAAUGUCCUGCUUGAUCACUGGACACAUCGAAGUGAUUCUGCUUUUUGGUUGACACGAAUAUUAAAACCAUGGCCAAUGGUGAAUCAGGCAAGAUUGCUGUAUAUCAUCUUUGGGCCAAUAUCUCCUCAGGAUGGACAGGUAGUUUGGCAGAAAAUGAUAGAAGGUCCUACAGAUGAAUCCAGUCUGAAAGGUUUGGCUGAUGCCAUUAGAUUGCUAUAUGACACUCGCACCAAAGAGUGGACAACAGAUGAUGUUAUCAGUCUUGUAGAUGAACUAUCAGUGGUUCCCCGUGAGUGGCUUCUAGAGAAUAAUGCACGUCUCCUAAUCCUAAGUGGGAAUAACAUCUGUUUCACUUUCAUGGCUAGUAAAGCUGUGAAUGGACGGGCACUUGAAUUGGCAAGGCUCAUAGUCUUUUUGGCUUUGGUGUGUGAGAAAGAACUAUACUGCAUGGAUUGGGCAGUUAAAAUGAUGCAAAAAGUCUGUAAAGUCUUUAGCACUCCAGUAGAAAGACAUAACUUCCUGCAGAGUGUGGCAAAUGCAUUUGCAUGUAUUAUAAUGGAAAUGCUGCAAUCAAUUACGUCUGGAGACCGUGAAGAAGAUGACAGAAACUUUUUGAAUUUGUUCCAUCUUGUACAUGCUCAGGCUAACUUCCAUAAGGAGGUCCUGUAUUUGACCAUGAAUACUCUACCUAAAUAGUCAGAAAGCUUUGCCUUUAAAGAAUACCUCACUGAACUCAGAAUUAGAAGAGUGCUACUUUUUCACACCUGAAAAAUAGCAUCCAUGUGACUUUUUAUCAUCUAAGUAACCUAAGAAUUCGAGAGCUGCAAAGAACUUUAGAAGCAGCUGUUUAUACCAUUAUUAAUAUAAAAAUAACUGGCAAAUCCAAGAAUGUAUUAAGAUUUCUCUGGAAAACAAGCUCUGCCUUUUCAGGUUUUAGUAAACCUAACACCAAAUUGAAAUGGAAUAUUAACUAUCCAAGACUCUGGGGCCAGCCCAACCUGGAUGUGUGGAUCUUUGAAGCAAGAGAAAUUUCUAUUUUAUAGUUAGAGCAGACCCAAAUUCACUAAAUAAUAUGUAUUUGUUCACUUCGCUUAAGUUAUCUAGACAUAGCCCAGAUGUUUUGUGAGGAUUUGCAAUAUGGUAUUUUGGAAUGUACAGAAUAUAAAUCACAUUUUUACCACCUUCUUGGCAUAUGCUUACAAAGAACAUUAUAUUUUGUUCAUGUUUUGCGUGAACUAACAGAUUUUUUAAAAGUGUGUAUGUGUGUAUAGACAUAUGCAUAAUAUAUGUAGGUAUAUAUGCAUACCUACAUAUGCACAUGUCUUUCUUUAAGAUGAAUCAUACAAAAGGUCUGUAAGUAGAGAAAGGUAUAUAUUGCCUCAAUAUAAUCAAAUCAUCUUUUAUACCUUCCUGGGGAUUAGAAUAAAAUGUUGCAAAUAAGGAAAAAUGUAAAAUGAAAGAAAGUAGUUAUUCUGC